AUGGUUGAUGCAACGAAAAGACGGAAAACCCAUGUCCAUAAACAUGUGAAAGACGAAGCGUUUGAAGAUUUAUUGAAACCAGUGUAUAAAGGUAAGAAGAUCACCGAUGAGAUUAAUACCGCCCAGGAUAAGUGGAAUCUUUUGCCUGCAUUCUUAAAAGUUAAAGGUUUGGUCAAACAGCAUCUCGAUUCGUUCAACUAUUUCGUUGAUACAGACUUAAAGAAAAUCAUAAAGGCAAAUCAAUUGAUUUUAAGUGAUGUCGAUCCAGAGUUUUAUUUGAAAUAUGUCGAUAUUAGAGUGGGGAAGAAGUCCUCUUCUUCGACAAAGGACUACUUGACGCCACCUCAUGAGUGUAGACUUAGAGACAUGACCUAUUCCGCACCUAUUUACGUGGACAUAGAAUAUACCAGAGGUAGGAAUAUUAUCAUGCAUAAAGACGUAGAAAUUGGCAGGAUGCCCAUCAUGCUAAGGUCUAAUAAGUGUAUUCUAUUCGACGCCGACGAAUCAAAAAUGGCGAAACUGAACGAAUGCCCAUUGGAUCCAGGUGGUUAUUUCAUCGUUAAUGGUACCGAGAAAGUCAUUCUUGUUCAAGAACAAUUAUCUAAGAAUCGUAUCAUUGUAGAAGCUGAUGAAAAAAAGAACAUUGUUCAGGCUUCCGUCACUUCAUCUACCCAUGAAAGAAAAUCCAAGACUUAUGUUAUCACCAAGAAUGGUAAGAUUUACCUAAAGCAUAACUCCAUCGCAGAAGAAAUUCCUAUCGCCGUUGUUCUCAAAGCUUGCGGUAUUUUAUCAGAUUUAGAAAUCAUGCAGUUGGUUUGCGGUAAUGACAGUAGUUAUCAAGACCUUUUUGCUGUCAAUCUGGAGGAAUCUUCAAAAUUAGACAUUUAUACACAACAACAAGCAUUAGAAUACAUUGGCGCCAAAGUGAAGACGAUGAGAAGACAGAAACUGUCUAUUUUGCAAGAAGGUAUAGAAGCCAUUGCGACCACAGUCAUUGCUCAUUUGACCGUAGAGGCCCUUGACUUUAGGGAAAAGGCUCUAUAUAUUGCAAUGAUGACACGGAGAGUGGUAAUGGCAAUGUAUAAUCCUAAAAUGAUUGAUGAUAGAGAUUAUGUUGGUAAUAAGCGUCUUGAAUUGGCUGGUCAAUUGAUUUCUUUAUUGUUUGAAGAUUUAUUCAAAAAGUUCAAUAAUGAUUUUAAAUUAAGUAUCGAUAAGGUUUUGAAAAAACCGAACAGAGCAAUGGAAUACGAUGCAUUGCUAUCCAUCAACGUGCAUUCAAAUAAUAUCACCAGCGGAUUGAACAGAGCUAUUUCAACGGGUAAUUGGUCCCUGAAAAGAUUUAAGAUGGAAAGAGCAGGUGUUACUCAUGUUCUUUCUAGAUUAUCUUAUAUCUCAGCAUUGGGUAUGAUGACAAGAAUUUCGUCUCAAUUUGAAAAAUCAAGAAAAGUUUCUGGUCCAAGAGCGUUACAACCUUCUCAAUUCGGUAUGCUUUGUACCGCCGAUACUCCGGAAGGUGAAGCUUGUGGUCUAGUGAAAAAUUUAGCAUUAAUGACUCAUAUUACUACAGAUGAUGAAGAAGAACCUAUAAAGAAACUAUGUUUUGUUCUUGGUGUAGAGGAUAUAACUUUAAUUGAUAGUGCUUCAUUGCACUUGAACUAUGGUGUUUACUUAAACGGUACUUUAAUUGGUUCAAUUAGAUUUCCAAUAAAAUUUGUCACUCAAUUCAGGGAUUUAAGAAGAACAGGUAAAGUUUCUGAGUUUAUCUCAAUUUACUCAAACUCACACCAAAUGGCUGUUCAUAUCGCCACUGAUGGUGGUAGAAUUUGUAGACCUUUAAUCAUCGUGUCCGAUGGUCAAUCCCUUGUUAAGGAUACUCAUUUACGCCAACUACUAGAUGGAGAAUUAGAUUUUGAUGACUUUUUGAAGCUUGGGUUGGUGGAAUAUUUGGAUGUCAACGAAGAAAACGAUUCUUACAUUGCAUUAUAUGAAAAAGAUGUUAUCCCUUCAAUGACACAUCUAGAAAUAGAGCCCUUCACUAUAUUAGGUGCCGUUGCUGGUUUGAUUCCAUAUCCACACCAUAACCAAUCUCCACGUAACACAUAUCAAUGUGCGAUGGGUAAGCAAGCCAUUGGUGCUAUUGCAUAUAACCAAUUCAAAAGAAUAGACACGCUGCUAUACUUGAUGACUUAUCCACAAGAACCAAUGGUCAAAACCAAAACGAUUGAAUUAAUCGACUAUGAUAAAUUACCUGCUGGGCAGAAUGCUACAGUUGCUGUCAUGUCAUAUUCUGGUUAUGAUAUUGAAGAUGCUUUAGUCCUAAACAAGUCGUCUAUUGAUAGAGGCUUUGGUCGUUGUGAAACUCGUAGAAAGACAACAACUGUUUUGAAAAGAUACGCAAACCAUACUCAAGAUAUUAUCGGGGGUAUGCGUGUUGACGAAAACGGUGAACCUAUAUGGCAACAUCAAUCUUUGGGUCCUGAUGGUUUAGGUGAAGUGGGUAUGAGAGUCAAAAGCGGUCAGAUUUAUAUCAACAAAUCUGUUCCAACUAAUUCGACUGACGCUCCAAAUCCAAAUAAUGUGAACGUUCAAACUCAGUACAGAGAAACUCCGGUCAUAUAUAGAGGUCCUGAGCCUUCCCAUAUUGACCAAGUCAUGAUGUCCGUUUCUGAUAAUGAUCAAGCUUUGAUCAAAGUCCUCUUAAGACAAAGUAGAAGGCCUGAAUUGGGUGAUAAAUUCUCAUCUCGACAUGGACAAAAGGGUGUUUGUGGUAUUAUUGUCAAACAAGAAGACAUGCCUUUCAAUGAUCAAGGUAUUGUGCCAGAUAUUAUUAUGAACCCUCACGGUUUCCCAUCGCGUAUGACUGUGGGCAAAAUGAUCGAAUUGAUAUCGGGUAAAGCAGGUGUUCUGAAUGGUUCCCUAGAAUACGGUACUUGUUUUGGAGGUUCUAAACUGGAAGAUAUGUCCAAGAUCUUGGUCGAUCAAGGUUUUAGUUAUUCAGGUAAAGAUAUGUUGUACUCCGGUAUAACGGGUGAAUGUUUACAGGCAUAUAUCUUUUUUGGGCCAAUUUAUUAUCAAAAAUUGAAGCAUAUGGUCUUGGAUAAAAUGCACGCAAGAGCCCGUGGUCCUAGGGCUGUCCUGACGCGUCAACCUACCGAAGGUAGAUCCAGAGAUGGUGGUCUGAGAUUAGGUGAAAUGGAAAGAGACUGUGUCAUCGCUUACGGUGCCUCUCAAUUAUUAUUGGAAAGAUUAAUGAUUAGUUCUGAUGCUUUUGAAGUUGAUGUGUGUGAUAAAUGUGGGUUAAUGGGUUACAGUGGUUGGUGUACUACUUGUAAAAGUGCGGAAAAUAUCAUCAAAAUGACUAUUCCAUAUGCUGCAAAAUUGCUAUUCCAGGAAUUAUUAUCCAUGAAUAUUGCCCCAAGAUUAAGACUGGAAGAUAUAUUUCAGCAAUAA